UUAUAUUGAAUAAUGUAAUACCAGAUUAAUUUUCUUACCGCGUACGUUUGAGGAGCAUUUUUCUUCUCCUACCUGUAUUCCGACAAACGACCACUUCCGGUUUUAUCGUGCUCUUGAACGUGAUUGGCGGAAUCAUAGUUUGAGCUUGAAAAACUAGCCAAUCACGUGAAGCAAGGCGGGAAUUGCCAUAAUACGGUGAAAAUGAGCGUACGCAAGCAGACCCCGAGUGACUUCCUGAAGCAGAUCAUCGGACGCCCUGUUGUGGUGAAGCUCAACUCUGGAGUGGAUUACAGAGGCGUCCUUGCGUGUCUCGAUGGUUACAUGAACAUCGCAGUGGAGCAGACUGAGGAGUACGUCAACGGUCAGCUUAAGAAUAAAUACGGAGACGCAUUUCUCAGAGGAAACAAUGUGUUAUACAUCAGCACCCAGAAGAGGAAGAUGUAAAAGUGUUCCUUUCUAAAAUGUAUUGGUUGUCAAAUUUGUUUGUAGUCUGUGUUUUGUUUUAUAAUUCAGUACUAAUAGUCUUGUUUUAGUUUGAAUUCUUGUUUUUUUUUGUAAGUGAAAUUAUGUAUUGCUAUUACACAUGCACGUGAUGCAAUAAAAUCCUUUUUUGUCCCACUCAA